GGAAGCUCACAGAUGUCCCUCUUAUUUGAGCUGAUUUCAUCCACAGUGAUGCUGACCGCUCUGAUCCUGCUGCUGCUGAACCUCAGAGGAGCCGCGAAUCUCAAGAUCUGCUCCUUCAACAUACAGUCCUUCGGAGAGAGUAAAAUCUCCAAAACAGAUGUGCUGGACAUCAUAGUGGAGAGCAUCGUCCGCUGUGACCUCAUGCUCGUCCAGGAGAUCAAAGAUGCAAAAGGAAAAGCGUUUGAUCAACUCAUGACUCACCUCAACAGCAAGUCCAGGACACGAGCAGACACAUUCAGCUAUGUAAUUAGUGAAAGACUCGGGAGGAAAACAUACAAGGAGCAGUAUGCCUUCAUUUACAGACAGAAGAUGCUGUCUGUGAAAGCAGUCUAUCAGUAUCCAGACACACAAACCGGAGACGAAGAUGCUUUUGCUCGAGAACCGUUUGUUGUGUGGUUUUCGGCUCCAAACGCUGAAAUCGAGGAUUUCGUCAUCAUUCCUAUUCAUACGGCUCCAGAAGCGGCUGUGAAAGAAAUCGAUGAACUGUAUGAUGUUUAUCAGAAUGUUUCACAGCUGUGGCAAUCUGACAACUUCAUCAUCAUGGGGGAUUUCAACGCCGCCUGCGGUUAUGUUCCAAAGAGGCAGUGGGUGAACAUCCGUCUGCGCUCAGAUAGUGAGUUUGUGUGGCUGACGGGUGACAAGCUGGACACGUCGGUGAAGACAUCCACUAGAUGUGCUUAUGACAGGGUCGUCCUCCAUGGUGAGAAGAUGAUUGCGGCUGUGAAUCCUGAAUCAGUGGAGGUCUUCAACUUUAAAGAUGAAUUUGGCCUCACUGAGCAGGAGGCUCUGGCAGUGAGUGAUCAUUUCCCGCUCUGCAUCACUGUAAAUCAAGCGCAGAGGAGAGGAUAACAACAUUCUCCAUUUACACUUCUACCGCUCGUCUGAUGAGAACGAAGAACAGAUUGUUAUAAAAUGAAGUGGUUAUAACAUAAUCAGAGAUUCAGAAAGUGAGCAUUCAGUGCUUUAUUUAGAGUAUUUGUGUAGAGAAGAACAGAAAUGCUUCACUGAAAGAAGAAAAGUUUCCAGUGCUUGUUAAUUAUGAACCAGCGGUCUGCAGUGUUGGUUUACCGGUUGCUAUGAGACAGUAGAGUUCGUUUGCAAGGCUGUUAUCCAUUUAACCCAUCUACAUUUCUCCAUUAAUUAACUCUAUACAUCUGUAAAAGUGCUUUAUUGACAUUUACAUGUAACUUCUACAAUAAAGUUCUAUCAAAUGA